GUUCAUACUUUCCAUACUAACCCAUCUUUUUUUUAAUAUAUAUAUUUUUUUUCCAAAAACGGGAGAAAAAUAAAUAAUUAAAUUAGGUUAGGUACCUAAGGUAAAUACCUAUCUCUAAGGUACCUCAUCUAUAAGUGCCCAGUUAUUAUGGCCGAGAUUGAACGCCGGCGGAGACGUCCACCUAUAUCAUGCGUUCUCUGCAGAAGACGCAAGGUUCGAUGUAAUAGAGAGACUCCUUGCAGUAAUUGUUUGCGCUCAAAGAAUGCAAGUUGCAUUUACGAGAACCAGUUCUCUCAGUCUCAACAGGAGUCUGAGCUUCACAGUUCAACGCCAACCAUCGCGGCGGCAGCAGCCCCAAGCCUCACUUCAAAGUCAUCCCCUAGGGCGGUUACCGCAGCAACCACUUCAACUCCUGCUAGCUAUCAAUCAUCCAAAGAUAUUGAAUUCUUAAAAGAUAAGAUUAAACAGCUUGAAGAACAGUUAUCACAAUCGAAUCGGACUGCCCGGUCCCCUAUCCAAACACCUGGUUCAAAUAUAGAGGCUAUCUCAUCGCGUAUCGGUGGAACCUUUUAUAUUCACCAUGAAGAUACCUUGGCUGGCCAGCCACCAGGCAUCUCCCGCAGCGUUACGCAUAAGAGUCGCAUGUUCGGCCAGAGUCAUUGGAUUACCGGAAUGUCCUUGGUACGAGACAUUUUAGCAUUGAUCGAGCCUCAUAUACAUGAAGAAGGAUGUAGAAUUACUACUCUUAUGCUGAAGUCCAAGUCUCUGGCAAGGAGUAUUAAAGCGAAGCGUAACCCCCCUUGGCCUUUACCUUUAGUAACAGAUCUGCCCCCGAAAGACAUUGCCGACGAGCUCGUCGACCGCUAUUUUCAGACAGCCGAGACUGUAUAUCGAAUACUUCAUAUUCCAAGCUUCAAAAGAGAGUACGAAGCUCAUUGGAUCUCGCCUGCUGAAUCUAACUCGGCAUUUCUAGUUCAAUUGAAGUUAGUCCUAGCAAUCGGAGCUACCACUUACGAUGAAAAAUUCACUUUGCGAGCUUCUGCAAUGCGAUGGGUUUACGAAGCCCAAACUUGGGUAUCUGAACCUGGAUUUAAACAUAGACUGAAUAUUCAGUACCUCCAGAAUAACAUCCUUCUUUUGCUGGCCCGAGAGUUUGUUGACGUUGGUCCGGACUUAGUAUGGAUCUCGGCCGGUACGCUCGUUAGAAUUGCAGUGUAUAUGGGAUUGCACAAAGACCCCACACGCCUUCCGAAGAUGUCAACGUUUAUUGCCGAGAUGCGCAGGAGGCUUUGGAAUACGAUAUUGGAACUAUCUCUACAAUUAAGCGUGAUUUCGGGGGGUCCGCCAUUUAUCUCCUUGGACAUGUUUAGCACCGAGCCCCCUGGAAAUUUCGACGACGAACAACUCACAGUUGAGGAUCCACCACCACAGCCAGAGAGCCAUUUCACUCAGACAUCUGUAGCAAUAAUCCUUAGAAAGAUAUUUCCCGCUCGCCUUGCUGUUGUGAAGUUCCUAAACGACCACGGUUCUUCCGGCACGUACAAGGAGACGCUCCAGCUAGACUCGGAACUGAGGGCAUCCUAUAAAUCCGCACUUCGAAUUCUUCAAGGAUACAAGUCGGCCACUGGGUCUCGGCCCUCGGAGUAUGCCAUGGAUGCGCUGAAUUUGCUGAUGAAUCGUUACUGCUUAUCGCUUCAUAUUCCCUUUUUCGCGCCCGCGAUGGAUGAGGCCGCGUACGCAUUUUCUCGGAGAGUAGUAGUUGAAACUUCGCUCAAAAUUUGGCGUGGGAUAUUUCCUUCGCCACUUGCCUUAUCUUCUCAAUCAGGCCAAAGCGUAGGUUCACCAAGUCAACUCUCCUUAGUCCGACUUGCAGUCUGUGCUUCCGGAUUUUUUCGCAUUAGCCCCCUCCAGGCGAGCGUCCUAAUUGCAUCAGAGCUUAUCGGCCAAUUGAGGGAAGAAGAAACUUUGGGACCAGGGCUGAUUCGGCAAGACCUUCUAUCUGUAGUUCGCGAAGCCAAGAACUGGGCGUGGAAGUGCAUCGAAGCUGGAGAGACCAGCAUCAAGGGCUACUUUCUUGCAAGCUUACAUGUCGCACAUAUCGAGGGGCUCAUGCAGGGUCUCGAAGGGGAGGAGCUUUCACGAUAUGUAGUUAGGGAAGGCGAAAAGGCUGAAGAGAUGUGCUUGCCAGUGUUAGAGGAAAUGCUCGCCAACGGAAAAGACGAGGGUUCUACCAGAGGGCUCGAGCAAAACACGCCUUCUCAGCUAGUAGAAGAUUGGGACUUAACUAUGUCGGGUGCUCUGUUUGAUUUUGGUGAAAUGGAACUUGUAAACUGGGGCUUCGAUGAAAACGACCAAGAACUAUCAUUUGGUUAAGCUACGGUACGUGAAACUUUGGCUCGAUGAAGUUGGGUAGUGGGAGAAGGAAGAAAUAAAUGGGUAGUAAUAUAGGGAUAUAGUGAUGAUGCAAGAGCGCAACCUAGCUGACACGACAGAGCAUUUCCCAACAUAACCGAUUAAGUUAGAGGUCAGAAACUAAAUCGCGCCCUGCGUAAUAUGCAGAGUUUAUUCGGCCUCAGAGACAGGCGACAGCGCAACUAAUGAUUUCGCUAAAGUUGUCAAGGCGACCUAUGCGAUAGCUCAA